AUGGCUUCGAACGGCACAGUGGGAUGCUACCUUGCACCAGCUGGAGAGAUUGGAAAGCUGCCGCGACCGCCUCCGUUGCCUCCGUUGGGCGACAAUAGACCAGAGCAGCGUCAGCUUCCAAGCCUUCCAGGUUUGGCUCUACCUCGCAUUGGGCAAGGGGAGCGAGACCCCAUCUCACACCCUCAACUUGGACAGCAUAGAGUGGGACCUGGAUCCCACUCUUACGACUCCUCGCCUACGUUGAGUUCGACUUCGGAUGCAGGUCCGAGUGCGGCGCGCCUCUACUCGCUGCCGCCAUCAGCACUGCCGACGGAUGGUACACUGGAACGAAAUGUGCCCGCACGGCCACCACGCCCUCGCGCCAGCACGCAGGUGCACCAUGGGACCCCGAACGCCAGACCUUCUGAGCCGCUGCACCACACCUACGACGACCAUCAAGGCCGAGGAGCCGGGACCGAGGCAGAAUGGGACGAAAUGCCGCGGUACGGGAGACCUUUGGGUCCGCGCAGUCACGAUGCAAGCUUAUCGAGUAGCUUGGCCAAUGCUGGAUCUUCCACCGAGGUCCAGGCUCCUCCGCGCAGAGUUGCCAAGGCGAAUCACAAGAAGAGGGGUCGUCCUCGUCUCCGAGAUCGGGAGGUCGCUGCUGCCGCUGCCAAGUUGCCAGGCGCUCCGUUCUAUCCUCCCUUACCCUCAACAGCACAAGAGCCGCCCGGCACUUCACCCGCCAAACGUGGUCCUUUUCCCACUCGCGCCGCUGAGCUCUCGUCGUCGUCAGCGUUCGGCACCGGGCGUGGAGGUGAGCCCUGGCAGACCAGCUACGACAGCAGUCAGAGUACCGGCAUUGCGACAUCUCGCUCUCCGCCCUCCCAGCCGCGAUCGCGCACAGCGACCCAUGCCGGCGAAAAUGAAGGUUCAGCAAUCUUGAUCUGCUCAACCGAGCUACGCGCCGCUCGCGCAUCAGAUGAAGCGCUUUCGCUGUUGGGUAUUCACAAGAGCUACGUCGACUUUCAGCAAAUCAGCAUGCUCGACCUUGUGCACUCAGAUGAUGUCGGUACUCUCCAGAACCUCUCUAGAAGUCUGAUUGAGCCUGUGCAGAUCCCAAUCUUGCCCGCUCCUUCAAAAGAAGCUCUGCUCUCUGCUUUCCCAGCCAAAUUGAUCGAACCUGCCUCGGGUACCAUCUUUUUGGAAGACGCUAUUCGAGUACGGCUCAGUGAUCGACAAUUCCAUCCUUGUGUGGUGCGGCUCUACCUCGGCGGAGGCUUGGGUGCAGACUUGUACCUCCCCGAUACGUUCCGCAGCGCUUAUAUCGUCGCUGGCAUCACGCCCACGUAG